AAAUUUUCCAACAUGUAAUUGUACUAAUUGUUCUUUAUUUGAAAAAUAAUCCAAAUUAAUUUAACCGCUAAACAGUAGAUAAAUUUCCGAGAGAGGGCGUAAUAAUGAAGAGGAGGAGCAAAAGCGAAGUCAAUGUGGUUUAUUUUGGAGAAAAGUUGUUUACUAAAUUAUUCGCCACAAAUAUUUGAAAUGCUAUUAGAAGUAGCAAUGCACAGAACUGAUUAAUCAGCUUCUAAAUGUCUAUACAAAUUGUUGGAUGGAUAGGUUUGGUGGUCAUUUUAUCUGUGUCCACAUUUAGUUUUCAGCGAUGUAUUCUCUUCCUGAUAUGUACUUUUGUGAGUUUAAUUGGAUUUUUUAUGGUUUUAUUUUUAUCACAUAAGAAAACAGCACAAGUAUGUCAGAAAGUAUUACUUAAUUCAAGACUUGAAUUGCCAGCUAAAGGAAUUAAACAAGUUAUUAAAAAAAUAGAAAAACCUCAAAAACAGCUAAAGCAUGAUCGACGUUUGACUGGUGCUAAUAUUAUUGAUGAGCAGUUACAAGAAGUUUUGCACUAUGCUUUUCGAGAUUAUAUUUGUACUUGGUACAGCCAAAUAUCAGAUAAUGAAGAAUAUUUAAUUAGUGUUCGUGAAAUGGUUCAAAAAGUAAUAAUUGCAUUUGCUAGCAGGUCAAAAGAAGUUGAAUGGGUUCCAUAUCUUACAACAAGAUUGGUUGAUGACUUUGCAUCUCAUCUUCGUCUGUUCCGACAAGCUCAAACAAAAUUAAAAGUUGCAAGAGAAAUGGNAUUCCUUUCCUAUCAAAGAACUGUUUCAGCAAAUAAUGAAACCGUCAAUUAUGCUUUGUAUAAGAGUUCUAUGGAAAAUGUGAAUUUAUUCGAAGGCGAUAUUAGAUUGGAUACGUCAUUGGGAGAGGACCUACAGUUAUUGUUUUUGGCGACUCGAGGGAAAAGCGAUGCCGGGAUGUGGCUCUUCCAACGAUCUUUGUGCCUUCUAAUUUCUUUAACAGAAUCGCAAGACGUCUCCAAUUUUCUGGAUACGGUCUAUCCAUUAAGUUCCUCUCCACUUGUAUGUUACAUAUCAGAAUUGCACGUUCAUUAUGAAGGACUUUCUUGGAAAUCUUCUACGAAAAGACCACUGACUGGAAAACAACUUGAUUACUAUACUAAUCUAAGUGAUUCAGAAUCUGAUGAGAUUUUUGGCGAGGAUGACAGUAGCGAUUAUGUACCUUCUGAGGAUUCAAGUGAAGACAGUGAUGAAAAAGUCAUCUCCAAACCUGAAGCGAAUCAUGAUACUUCUCAAGCAACCACAUCAAAUCCAAACAAUAAUUUGUCAAAAGAAGUUGAAUGGGUUCCAUAUCUUACAACAAGAUUGGUUGAUGACUUUGCAUCUCAUCUUCGUCUGUUCCGACAAGCUCAAACAAAAUUAAAAGUUGCAAGAGAAAUGGUUCCUGUCUCUCCUAUGUAUAUUUUUGGUGCAUUUAAUUUCAUGGGUUGGUAUGACAUUAUUAAAUUCCAUACAUAUAUAUUCAAGUGCCAUCCAAUUAUAAUCUUUUUAAUCUCAAUAAUGUNAAAUAAUUGUCCAAAUUUACAUUCCUUAUUUUUUGAUUUGGAAACAACAAUGGAACAAAAUUUAUGCAGAGAUCUUGUAUCUACUUCACCAGAACAUGAGAAAGCUUAUCUUAGAGAACUUGCAGAAGUAUUAUUGUAUUUAUUAUUGCCACAAGAAGACUUUCACAACAAAUUGUUAAGAUAUAUUGUUAGAGAAAUUGUAGUGAAUAUUGUAUUGCUUCCACUGAUUAAUCUUUUCUCUGAUCCUGAUUAUAUUAAUCAAACUAUCGUCUGGUUGUGCAAAGAUUCUUUAAUAACAAGUGAAGGAUUUCUUCUUGUUCUUCGUUGUACAGAUAAUGCAGAUGAACUUCAAGCAGUUAAAGAAAUUGUAAAACAUGAAAUUGCAGUUCAGAGAUCAAGAGAUACAGGAGAACAAGAUGAUGCAGAAAUAAAGCAACAAUUAAGUAGUCUUUGGUAUGUUCAAAAAGUUAUAAAUACAAGAUUGCAGAGAUUAGAAGAAGGAAGUGUAGAUACAGAUUCAACAGGUUUACCAACAGAUAUAGAUUGGAAACAGUUGACAGAUCCUGGAGUGAAAUUGUUUUCUUUACCAUUUCAUGUUGUUAUGACCAAUGGUAUUGCAUUAUACUAUUUUACAGAAUUUAUGACAAAUAUAGGAGCAAGUGGAUAUGUUGCAUUUUAUAAUGCUGUAGAGGGAUUUAGAGCUUCUGCAGAACAAGUUUUGUCUGAUGCAGAAUUAAGAAAAGGAUCUGAAGCAUCAGCUACGCCACCUGAUUUAGAAGUGAUACGAAGAGCAGCUCUUCAGAUUUAUGAUUUUUAUUUAUCAGAAAAAAUGACGUCAAAUAUAUUAAAUUUGAAAAUUCUGUUUGUUCAAGUAAACUGCCACUUUAUAACUGUUAGCAGAAAGAUUUCUAAUGUAAGAAGAAGAAAAUUCAAAAUUUGUAUCAUCAAUAUUUUGUUUGUUAAUGCUUCAUUAAAGAUUAAAUUAGAUGAUGGUUUACUGAAGAAACUUCUCUCUAGGAUACGAACUGAAAAACCAAAUGAGAUGUGGUUUGAUGAAGCUCAAGCCAAGGUUUAUUAUAUCAUGCAAGAAGAACCUUAUUUUCCAACAUUUAUGAAAACAUCUAAUUAUAUUAAAUUAUUAGCAGAAUUGGAUCUUCUAAAAGAUUUAGGAAAAUCUGAUGAUGAAAGUACAAGCAUUAAAGUUAGUGGAAAAUGUUUAUCUGAUGAUUUGUCAUAUGACAAUCUAAGCUUGAAUUCUCUGGACCAAGAUGAUGAUGGACUAGAUUAUAUACCUUCAGAUUUAAGUCAUUGUUUGGGAAGAGUGUCACCUGUUUCAUCAUCUGAUGAAUGUUUAGAUGAUUGUUCUUUAUCAGCAGAAAUCUAUAAUACAGGAAUAACAAAUCAUUCUGGUCGAACUUAUGCUGUAUAUGCCAUUUGUGUAACAAAAAGAGAUAGUAAUAAAUCAGAAGAAAGGUGGUAUUUAGUACGAAGAUAUAGUGAUUUCCAUGACUUCCAUAUGUCUGUGAUAGAAAAGUUUCCUCAUCUAUCUAGUCUUAAAUUUCCUGGGAAAAAGACAUUCAAUAAUCUUGCUCGUCAGUUUUUAGAAAAGCGUGCUGAACAGCUUAAUGAAUACCUUCAAAUUAUAUGCUCAUCAGAAAUGCUCAAUGCUAAUCAGGGUUUAUGUGCAAUGAUUUUAAAUUUUUUGGAACCAAAGAUAUAUGAAAGAGGAAGACGUCCGCUUUCAAGAACUGUUGGCACUUUAGUUAAUCCAUUAAAAUCUUCCGUUAAAUCGGUGGGUAAUAUUGUUAAAACAAUGCCAGAUACACUUAUUGAUGGUCUUAGAGAUGGACUAGUCAAAGUAUUGGGAAGUAAAUGGAAUCCAUCACUUAAUCCUGGACUUGUUGGAAGUGGAAAAGUGGCUGCUGGUAUAGAUAUUGAAGGAGAAGAUAAUAUUCCAUUACGAAUAAUGUUGUUGUUAAUGGAUGAAGUAUUUGAUUUAAAAAGCAAAGAUCAAUGGUUUAGAAGAAGGAUUGUUAUUCUUUUACGUCAAAUUAUGAAUGCAACAUUUGGUGAUAAAAUAAACAGAAAGAUUGUUGAUUAUGUUGAAUGGAUGACAUCUGCUGAUCAAGUAGCUGAAUAUGUAAAAGCAUUAAGUAGUGAAGCAGUCGCUAGACCUUGGGCUCGACUACAGAUGACGUAUAUCCAGAAUCUGGCAGGAAGUGGCUUAAUCGGCUAUGAGCUGAAACAUGUCAUUGGAACUAGUACAACACGUAAAGGAGUAUUGUGUGUUUUUGAAAUGUUUCAACAUCCUGAAUUGAAUCGACGCUUAGUAUAUGUUCUAUUAGAAGGAAUUAUAGAAACACUUUUUCCAAAAAAUCAGUUUCCUGAUAUUUUUAGAAAACUACAUUCCUCUUCACCUCAUACAUCUGAAAUGUCAAAUCAAAACGAGAAGCUUGUUAAUCAACAGAAUUCAACACAGCAGAAAAGAUGACCAUCUUAAAGUUGAUAUGAUAAUUAUGAUAAAUCAAUAAAUUCUUCCAUACAGAAGCAAAAUUUGCACAAAAUUUGCCAUUGAUUAUUUUAUGUAUACAUACAUACUAAUAUAUAUAUAUAUUGAUCACAAAACAAUUGUAAAUUAUUUUGAACUGAAUUAUGCUUAUAUAGAUGAUUGUAUAUAUAUAUAUUCUACAAUAAAAAUUAUACAAUUUGUAAGACUUAGAAGUUAAUCUUUGCUAAUUUAUUUUAUUAUUUCCUUAAUUAAAAUCAAAAUUUAAAAUUUAUGUAAACA